CCAAAAAGUUAUAAUGUGUGGCACAAAUUACUUAUCUUCUUAUGUAUCUCGUGUGCAAAUCUCAACCAUGUACUUCUCUACAUGUUUUCCUUUGUCAUUCUGAGUCCGAAGAAAUCAAGAAGUCGCGUGCAUUGCUGAGAGACAGAGAGUAUGGCCGCCACGUUGACACUUGUGAGGCUUCCAACGGUUGGUUAUCAUUGUCAUUGUAGCAGUAGGGGACGCCAGAGUGCACUUGCUCCCAUCUCCGCAACAUUGGAUGUCCCAAAAUUAAAAGACUCUUAUUCCACUGUUGUCAAGCGUGCCUCUGUUUCCCUCAGCACAAUCACAUUACCAUUCUUGCUGCAACCACAGGAUGCGCUUGCUGUCGGAGGAGAAUUCGGAAUAUUGGAAGGAAGAACCUUUGCUCUCAUACACCCCAUUGUAUUGGGUGGAUUGUUCUUUUAUACAUUGUGGGCAGGUUACUUAGGAUGGCAAUGGCGACGGGUAAGGACAAUCCAGAAUGAGAUUAACGAGCUCAAGAAAGAAGUCAAACCUGCUCCUGUCACCCCUGACGGCAAUCCUGUGGAGGUGGAGGCAGCUCCGUCCCCGGUUCAAGUGAAAAUUCAGCAACUCACUGAUGAGAGGAAGGAGCUGCUGAAAGGGUCUUACAGGGAAAGGCACUUCAACGCAGGAUCCAUAUUGCUGGGUUUUGGGGUGCUUGAAGCGGUUGGAGGUGGAGUCAACACGUGGCUUAGGACAGGAAAACUCUUCCCUGGUCCACAUUUGUUUGCAGGAGCAGGUAUUACGGUGCUGUGGGCACUGGCAGCAGCUUUAGUACCACCAAUGCAGAAAGGAAGUGAAACUGCUAGAAAUCUUCACAUAGCAUUGAAUACAUUAAACGUUCUCCUCUUUGUGUGGCAGAUUCCCACUGGAAUUGAAAUUGUAUUCAAAGUGUUUGAGUUCACCAAAUGGCCUUGAUUAUUUCCUCUCAUAAAUCAUAAUGCCAAAAAAUGUAAAUUAUUUUGCAAUUCCCAUUCUCGUUACUAUUUCUUACCAUAAUAAUUUGUGUGCCGAACAACAAUUUCAUAAUUGUAUUACACUGUUGUCCUCA